CCCGACAAUGCGUUGUUGUUUCACAGCGAAUGCCUUCUCAACCUUCACCUAUAGCCUAUGGAGCAGGAGCAUUCUAGGUCGUAGUGACGUAUUCGAGAGUGUGCCGUAGUUAACUUAGCACCAGAGUCCCCGUUGUGCAGUCACGUGGAGGACGAGACAGUUCAGCCCGGACUGUACUUAUAGCACAAAAUCUUUCCAGCAGCGGAUCUUCUCAUCGCAACCCCAAACGCACAUCCAUUCACCAUGGGUCCCACCAAGCGCAAAGCAGUUUCUCAGGCGGUCGACGGUGCGGCUUCUGACGUCCCUAAACCGGGCUCGAAGAAGUUGAAGAUGGUUCGCGGACAGGAUACCGAAACCUCCGAGGUGGAUGGAACGAUCAAUACGGCCCAGUCACCCGAUGGAGAAUAUGUUGAUCCCACAGAUUUGUUUUGGAACGAUCCCGCUGAUGAUAGCGAGAACGAAUACCGUCCCGACGAUGACUCCGAGGUGGAAUCCGAUGGCGAAACACAGGAAGCUGUCCACGAUGAGCUAGACCUUGCUCCCGCGCCAAAGCGUGGUCGCUCUAAGAAGGGCUCAACGAAUGCCAAAUUGGAUGCGAAAGCCGCGCGGGAAAAGCUGAUUGCGGAGCAACUGGAGUUCGUCAUCCACGCUCGCGAUAAUAACAUGCCUGAUCCGUACGGCACAAACUCGACUACAACGGGCAAAUUGCAUUACCCAGAGGUCGCCAAGCUCUACAAUGAGCGCUUUGGUUUGAAAGUUGGGGCUGCUGCAAUGGAGAAGCGGUAUCGGACGAGGAUCGAUAAGUACUGCGAGGUGCAUCCGUCCUAUCCGCGUAACAUUAAGUAUGCGAAGAAAGAUCCGGCCGCUAAGAGGGCACCUAAGGACAUAGCUGCCGCGCGGCAACCUCAGCCGGACGCCAACAAUGCACGCGAAGUCCGUGAAGUCAAGAAGCAGCCGCCGAAGAAGCCUCGUCGGAAGGUGUACCAGCCCCCGGAAGAACUUCGCGAAGCUGCCGAUCUCAUUAGGUACGUGGAAGACCAGUGGAACGAUCGCGAUGCCGAGCAUCCGGAGUGGCUACACAUCUUAGUCGAAGACGGACAUAGACGCCAGCUGGGUAAUGUCCUCGUUCGUAGUAAUGACCUCCUGAAGACCUCCGACUGGUAUGCAAAAGAGCGCGAGCACACACGUGUGCAGCGGGUCACCAUCCGGGGUCUGCCUAGGCUUGCUAUAGAGCGGUACGUUCAGUGCGUCUCUUCCGAGGGCACGCUGGCCCUUCCCGAAUUCGACUUUGCACUUGCCCAAUUUCGCAAGAUGGGUGGAAGGAUCGAGCAUCGCCCAGCAUGCUUCCGGAUCAGCUGGGACAUAGACGGCCUUAUCGACCUCUACAGCGUCGCUACCCUACUAAAAGACGACAUUGUACGAAAUUUGGUCAUGGAUCGCUGGCGCUCAGAGUUUCUGAGUGGCGGUGAGCUUAAGAUCGAUCCCUCUCACCUGAACAACCUCUUUGCGACCACGGAAGCUGGUGAUCCGGCGCAAUCUUUCUGGGCGGUUUCCAUUCACUCUCUCGGCCUUGCUGAAGAAAUUUGCUCCGGUACUGGUUGGAAUGACCGGCUCGUAGCGAAGCUGAACUUUCUCAACGAGAAUGGUUCCCUUGGGAAUCCGUUUGUUAGGUGGGAUGACGACGCAUUCUGUCGCGGUUUUCAUCGUCAUGUUGGAAACCAUGGCUGCCAUCGGAAUGAGAGUAUCGAGGAAGCGGUGUCCGACUUCCAGGCUAUUUCGCGUCGCCUCCUGAUCGCGCAGGGCAACAUGCCGGAUGAGCUACUCGCGACAGUGGAUGACUUUGCUUCAAAGUUAAAGGCCCAGUAUGAGUGCCUCAAAGCCGGAUCCGACUAAAGUAAUGGCACGUAGAAACCGUACAUAUGUGAUGAUGUCCGUUUUCGCGACAAGUCAUGAAUGAUAGAAAUAGAUGUUUGGAUUGCUUAACGGAAUGGAUUUGUUGUAACAGAGGAUUAGCUUUUUUGAGUGAUGCUAUGUCG